AUUCUGAAUUCGAACGCGAGCACAGACAGUUUGUUGUGAAUCCAUUUGCGUGCCGUGCCGUGCCGUGUCGCAGUCGUAGCCUUACCUUGCCUGGGUCGAAAUUAUCGUAAUUAUUGUCGGUCAGCUGAGUUCCGAGUCUCAGUGCCGCCUCCGUCUAGUCUGUGUCUGUGGCCAAAAACAAACACAAAACACAUCAAAUCUACACAAGUAUAAAAUACUACCUAAUAAUUGCGUUGGGAAAUGUGCGGCUAAAUGGCAAACGUAAUCAACGUAACGGCAACGCAAAAACAAAACCUCUAAAUAAUAGUAGAAAGUUUUUUAUUGUUAAACAAAGCUCUCCAGCUCUGCUCUGCUCUGCGGAGCAGCUGCCAAAAAUCGAAAUAACCAAAAGCAUCCACCGGACUCUGUUUUCGCGUGUGAAAAAAAGAAAUUCGCGCUUUUGCCUCUUCGAUUUGUACAUGUGUAUUGGUGUGCUGCUCUGCAUCUGUGUGAAGAGCAAACAAAAUUGGCAGCGCUUUAACGUCGCUCAGUCGAUAAACCCCCAUAAAAAGAUACGCAAUAAAAUUAGUUGUAGGAAUAACAAUAAUACAAAAAUCAUGUCCGGCCCAUUGCCCGAAAUCACUGCGGAACAGCGCGCCACACUGGAGCAGUUCCGCAAGCAGAUGGACGAUGCGCUCGUCGACAGUCAUGAUGAUUACUUCCUACUGCGCUGGCUAAGAGCCCGCAAAUGGAACUUGGAGGCAGCAGAGAAAAUGCUAAGAGCUAGCCUGAAGACACGAGCCAUGUGGAAUGUGGACAACAUCGAUAAGUGGGAUCCUCCAAAGGCUCUGAAGGAGUAUUUGCCGUAUGGCCUGAUAGGCUACGACAACGAAGGAUCGCCAGUGCUGGUUUGUCCCUUCUACAACUUUGACAUCUGGGGCAUGAUGCACUGCGUCACACGCUUCGAGUUCCAAAAGUAUCUGGUUCUGCUCAUCGAACGAUUCAUGAAGACUGCCUACGAGCAGAGCCUGGAUCAUGGCUGGAAGGCCCGCCAGCUGGUGGUAUUCUUCGACAUGCAGGACGUGAAUCUGAAGCAAUACGCCUGGCGUCCAGCUGCGGAGUGUAUCAUCUCCUCGGUGAAGCAGUACGAGGCCAACUUCCCAGAGCUGCUCAAGAUGUGUUACAUCAUCAAUGCGCCGAAGCUGUUUUCCGUUGCCUUCAACAUAGUGAAAAAGUUCCUGGACGAGAACACCACCAGCAAGAUCGUAAUCUACAAGUCGGGCGUGGACAAGUGGCAGCAGCAGCUCUUCUCGCACGUGAAUCCGAAGGUGUUCCCCAAGGCCUGGGGUGGCGAACUGGUGGACAAACUGGGAGAUCCACAGUGCAAGUCGAUGAUGACUUGGGGUGGCAAGCUGCCCGAGGAUCUCUUCAUUGACCAGAAUAGCCAGCAGAGCGACAAGGACUUCAAAGAAACGCAGGUGCCUAAGGGGGAUAAACUGAAGCUGCACUUUAAAGUCAAUCUAGAAGAGCAGAAGGUACUUUCCUGGGAGUUCCGGACCAUCGACUACGACAUCAAGUUCGGCAUCUACAGUGUGGACGAGAAGUCGGGCGAGAAGCGAAGCGAGGUGCCGUUGGGCACAGUCUACUCCAACGAAAUGGAUGAGAUUGGCUACAUCUCCACGCGGCCCAACACCACAUACACUGUUGUCUUUGACAACUCUGCCAGCUAUCUGCGCGGCAAGAAGCUACGCUACUGGGUUGAUCUGGUCUCCGACGAGGAAGAGGGCAUCACGGAGCUGACCAACCAAAUGGACAACACACAGCUUGCGGCACAGCAGUAGCAGUAGUUGGGAUGGCCAACGACGAGCAACUAAGCCAAAUAGAAAAGGGAUCAGAUAGAUAUACCAUAAAAAAUAUAUAUAAAUAGCAACAAUAACUAACCUCGGGUGCAUCAAAGUCACGAAUCACUUGCCGGAGAUCUCCUCCUGCCUCCCAGCUACCUCUCACCUCUCUGGCAGUUGGGCAAAGCUGUAAAGAAUCAUGUGAUACAAUCAUUAGCAACGAAGAAACAGAAGUACGACUCACACUUACACUUACAUACAUUUAGUUAGUAUUUUGUUUACAUACUAGUACCUAGCCGCACUUUGUAUUGUUUACUCUAAAUGGAUGGAUCAUCUUGGCACAAUAAACUGUUACCACAACAUCAAA